UUUGUACUUGCCUGUUGCUCAGCAGAGGAACCCCAGCAAAAGUAAAAUUUUCAGCCAUGUUUUGUUUUAAUAGAGGCACUAAAUUUUCCCUAUUUCAAUAUUGAGUUAUACUAUCCCUCUUAUAACAUCACUCUUAUUGGUUUCAAACAGAGUUAAAAACCUGUUUCCCAGCCUGCAUACUCUGUUUACACUUUCUAUCUUUUCUCUUUGAUAUUAUUUAUUCAAACAAUUGUUUUUUUAACCUCAGAAAGUGGUCAAUUAGAGACUCAAACUAAGUUUUAAGUGCAGGUUUAUUGAGGACCCCCUUUCCUUCAUUGGGGGUCAUAGUCGUCAGUCUCACUUUAACCCAGUGGUCCAGUUGUUAAAUUCUGUAUAGGUAUCAGGGCUGGAGUACCUAAAUAGAAGAAACAAUAGCCACAUAGUGUCCAUGCUUAAAACAUAAGGACAACUAUCAUAUCCCAGCUGUUCACCAAAAAUGUAUUUUCGAAAUAUAAACUAAAUCUAAAAAUAUUAUCACGGCUACUGAUGUGAAUGUUGACCUUGUCUGUUUGUGUCACAUUAUCAUUUAAAAAAAGAUAAGAUUAGGAAAUUUACUGCUAAUCUUUCUAUGACAUCCAGAAGACCAAGAAUAUAACACUGCAAAAGAGUUACAGGACUGAGUGAAAUCCUGAUGACCUGACUGUGAUAUUUAUUUAUUUAAACUAAAAACAGACUCAGUGACACAUGGGAUGAGGCAGAGUGAGUAAUGGGAGAAACAUCAAAAUUCUGAGUAAAUUUAAUCCUCAUAAAUUCUCGGUAAAUGCAGUUUUGUAGAGUGGGGGGUGGCUGUGCUUAGGUUAGCCCAAUUUCAGGCUUUUGGUGAUUAAAAUUAAUUUUCAAUAAAAGCCGAUAUGCACGGUACUUUGCACAACAAUAACAUGCAUAAAACAAUCAGUUUUUAUCCGUUUUGAUACGCCACUUAGCCCUGGUACAGUCAAGUGUUUAUUUGGUGAGAUGGUUUCUCACACUCUAUGGUUUCUCAUUCCUCUGUUUUGGAGUGCAACUUGGGUCGUCGCUCAGAGAUGACGUCAGUCAAACAAUUAAAACACCGCCAGGCUGAAGAGACGACUGAUAAAACAACACCUUUUUAAAGGAAAUAAUAAAGAAACCACUCUAACAACUCUAAUAUGUCUGUAAAUUAUGCUGCUGGGCUUUCGCCGUACGCUGAUAAAGGUGUCUGUGGGCUGCCAGAGGUAAAUACAAAAACAGACGCUGUGUGAUAGUUAGCUCCUUAUAACUGUUAGCAGGUUAGCCGAGGAAGCUCGAGCAUGAUUUUAGGGAAACAUUUGAGGAUGCUUUUAAGAAAAUACCGUUCAAUAUGUGAAUAUUCUGUAUUAAUGAUAUGGUCUGCAUAAAUGUUACACGGAGGAAAUAAGCAGACGUAGAUGUGGCGUUAAUUCAUAACAGAGCGUGUAGGAUUAAAAGGAGCAUUAAUGUCAUGUGGCAUAGUCGUAGAUUGUAGUUGUUUUUAUUGUGCAUUGUUGUCUUUGUGCAUAUAAGUUGUGGAAAUUUUGUGGUGCCACAAGUUCUGUUAAUCAUUGUAAAUCAUGUGCAACCUGGAAUGGUCAAGGAACAUGUUACUUAUUGAAUUUUAUGAACAUUUUGUAAAACCAGCUUUUUAAAACUAUAUGUUUUCUGUUUUGUGCUAGACAUUUGAUAAUCCUGAGGAGCUCAAAGCAAAGGCAGAGAUCCUCGCUCAGCUGAUUAGAGAAUCUCAGUAUUUGGUUGUCCAUUCUGGAGCAGGAAUCAGCACCUCAUCAGGCAUCCCCGACUUCAGGUGAGACACAAACAAAGCUCUUUUCUUCACCACCAGUUUUUUCCUCACACGCACACUAUUAUUAUCAAUCAGCCAUGUUUCACUCACCUGUACAUUCAGGAACUGCAAAAUGAAGACAAGACUACACACCAGAGUUGGUCAGUUUGUGGACCGUAGGCUAUAUUUGUCUGGCAGGCAGCCUCUGAGUGGCCACAAUCCAACUAGCAAACAAAUCCAACACAUGACAAAAUAAUAGCAUUUGGCCAAAAGUAACUUGUGAGUGAGCCAUCUUACUUCAUUCCUAUCUUUGCCGAGAGUUGCAUGUGUGCACUUCCGAUGAAAGUAGACUAUACACAGUAUGAUAAUGGAGAACAAAACAGUAUAUCAGAAAUAAAAAAUAAUCACCACCCAACUUAGAGUUAAGACCAGUCCCAGCAAAUUCUAAUGAAGCAUCCCAACAUAAAAACAAAGACACAGAACAAUAGCUGUGAUCAUGAUCAGCUGUUCUUUUGAACAUUUUUGACUCUCGUCGUACUGCUACAGAGCCACUGAGUUGAGGCAGCAUGAUAGUGGAGCUAAUGAGCAGUGUAGGAUAUGAACUUUUAGGGGAGGUAGCAAUCAAGCCUCCUGAUCAGAUUUUAAGACCAUAUAUGUUGUCACACAAGACACAAAAAAUGAAAACAGAUGUUUUCAGGUACUCAGACUUAAAAGAUAAGUGGAGCUAUAAUCCAUCAUUAAUAGAUUAAAGGGAUAUUCUGGCGUAAAAUUAAUUUAGGGUCAAACACACCAAGCCCCCAAGAGAUGAAUGUUGCCGACUGCUUACUUCUCUAGUUAUACCAACUUUAGUAACGACCGCACGAUAGCAAUACACAGCAGCCUGAGAGGCCAUAAACAAACCUCAACCAAAACGCCACUCUAUAGCCAUAAAAAAAUGCUCAGAACAGCACCUAACUUCAUCAACAGUACAUAUAGGGUCCCAGCCACAGCACUAGCCAUCAAACAUCUUUUUAACUUUGCCUGGUUUCUUUAGCAAAGAGACUAAACUGUACUCAACCACUCUCUUCCAGCAGCCACUUGUUUGUAGCGAGACCUCAGACCAGUCCAUUACGGACUACAGCGGGGUGAGCAGCUCAAGGAACAACAUUUAUGAUCAUUUCUUUAUCAUUUCCUUGAAGUAAUAAUCACCAUAUUAAUCAUUUUGCACUGAAGAUGCAGUAGUUCUUUUGCCUUAGCGUCUCGGUCUGAUUGCAUUUCCAUGAAGAAAUGAUCAUAAAUGUUCUUCCUUGAGCUGCGUCACCCCGCUGUAGACCGUAAUGGAUUGGUCAUUACUAAAGUUGUUAUAACUGGAGAAACAAGCGGUCAGCAACAUUCAUCUCUUGAGGGGGUGUCUUACUCAGUGUUACAGUUUGUUUGACACUAAAUUAAUUUUAUGCCGAAAUAUCCCUUUAAUAAAGCACCAAUUCCUAAAAAGUUAGAAUGCUGUGUGAUAUUUUUAUUGAAAAAAAAUGAAGGGUUGCUAAACCACGUGCAUUUUAAAUGUAAAAUAUUGCAAAAACAACAUAGUCAGUUCACUGGCUCAAACUGUUUGGUUAACUGUUUAUUAACCAAAGGCUGACCUGCUCUCUUGUAAUUGGCAUUGGCAUAGGCAGAAGUGAAUAUCAGCUUCACAUACAGAAAUUAUAUUAUUAAAAAACAGAAUAUUUCUAUUGCAGGUUGACAUGAUUACGACCUCUAAGCUCAGCGUUGUGUUUCUCAUGUAGUACCCCUGAAUGAGCAGGUGAGGGUGGUACUUGCUUAAAAACCCUCACUUCCUCAUCUUGAUUAAAUAUAUCAACACACAUUUUCAGUCCUCCAGCUCAGCUAUCCAGAAUCAAACAGGGGCCUUAGAUUGUGUAAGUCAGAUCUGUAAAUAUGUUGGAGGCCAGUGGCUUCAAAUCUGAUGCUCAUUUCUACCUUUUUUAUUUUUGUUACGAAACUUAGCCGCCAUGUUGAACUGAGAGCAAACUUGACUAUCCCUGGUCAUGUGGUCUUUAAUAAUUGAAUAUGAGUCUGAGUGAAAGACUGUAUCUGUCAGCAUGAAUACAUACAUUCCAGUCUGGGGACGUGAUCCACAGAGACCUGACUAGUUAAUAUUUGAUUGGUCUGCCUGUCAAUCACAUUGACUCAAGCUAGGAUUUAAAUAACAUGAAAGCCAAGGUUCUAUAUACAUACAAGACCCACUAACAUACAUUUUAUUCCCACUGCUUCCAGGUUAACACACACGCACAAGAAUACAUGCUCCAUAAUGAGUCAGACCUUCAGCCUCUUUUAAUUGAUUUUAUCGAUGACACCACUACAUUAUGGACAACUGACAGAUAAACAACUUUAGUUUCCAUUGUUGCUUUCAUACCUCGCCAUACUUUCUCAUGGUGAUUUAUGUGGGCAAUAGUUGAUUUAUGGACCUUGUCAUUGAUAUUGGCACAUCUCUGAACUUGGCCUGUUUGUAGCGAGUGAUUCCCGACGAAGUGAGGGAUGAGGAUGCUUAAGUUUGAACUGAAAGCCAGAGUUGAAAGUGGCUUACCUGCAUCUAAUCACAGGAUGGGUUCCCUCCCGUCUGAUGAAUAAAGAUUAGUUGUGUGUUUUUGAAGUGGUGUGACAGCUGACAGCGGUAGACAGCAGUACUGCUGUGUCAUUACACACUCGAAAGUGACUGGUUGAUCAAAGACAUCUAAAAGAGUCACCUGAGAUUGGACUACUUUGUUUUGAAAGUACACUCUUAGAAAAUACCUAUCUAGAUGUUUUUCCUUAAUAUGUAUUAAGAUUUUUUGUGUGUUAUAUGCGUAUUUGAUUGAUAUUUAUGUUUUAAAUGGGAUCUUUAUUCAGCAAUUCAUUGCGUGUAGUCAAUUUUUCAGUAAACCCUUGUGAAAAUACAACUUCCCAGAUGUAAAUGGUGGAGAAAUAUGGAUUAAUUGGUCAGCCAAUUGAUUAGCUAUUUGAAAUGUCUUUUUAAACGAUGACAAAUCUCUCCCAUCCUAAAUGACAGGAUCUUAAAUCUAAAAUAGUUAAUGAGCAGUGUUUGAUAUAGUAACUGUUAUGAUAGUCAGUAUAUCAGUUAGGUUCCAAAAUCAGCAAAACUCAAUGUAUUGAAUUCCUCUAUAACAUGUUACUAGCGAAAAUAAUCAUGUUUAUAAUAACUUAAUAACCUUUAACACUUUUUGAUUGAACCCAAAUAUUUGCAUGUAUUUUCUGUGUUAAUGAUUACAGAUGGAUGGACAGAGAUCCAAAAGUCCCUGUGAUAAUAUUUUAGUGAGACAAAUCCAUUUGAUCAACAUUGAUUGGAGGAAAUGAUCUCUCUUGUUCAGUCAUUUUUGUCUCUCAGUUUUUAGUAUUGUUGAAUUGUUGUAUUUUUGAAUCAUGCUAUUACACAUCUGCCAAAGGCCGACCUGCUCCCUCAUAAUUGUCAUAAUUGUCUUGUUGUUGGUCUGCCACUAUAUAUCUCAGAAUCUCAGAAACAAACCUGCACAUCAGGUUUUAUUGAGACAUGAAUUACAUCCACCUCUGCAUCAAAACAUGUCCAAUCCCUGUUACAAACACUAACACUCUAUCCUCACUCUGUUCUCAAUCAGAGGUCCAAAGGGUGUUUGGACACUCGAGCAAAAAGGUGAGUCACCUCACUUCGACACCACAUUCGAGGACGCCAAACCCAGCCUGACUCACUUGGCUCUCCUGGGACUGCAGAGAGCCGGGUACCUCAAGUAUUUAAUCAGCCAGAAUGUGGACGGUCUACACGUACGAUCAGGCUUCCCCAGGUAACUCAGAGCUGUGUUCUGCUCUGUAAUAUGAUGUGUGGUACACAGAACAUUUCUCAUAUUGAACUAAAGUCGCUGUUGGUGAUCAUGGAGCAACACGUGAUAAGCCAAUAAUAACGUUUAUAAGCACUUAAAACAGUAUGAACGAAACAAGUUCUAAUUACAGAACUUUAGGCUAGAAGUGGAAACUAUCUUCAUUAAAAUAACUUAUUUGUUUAAUGAAAUGAAUCUACCAUUUGGCCUACAACAAUCCUGCAAACAGCUCAUCUGCCCAUCACACUUUUCAUAACCACAAACGUCUGUCAUCAUGUCCAAAAAAACAUAUUUGUUCUUUGUGUAAUAUUAAGAUGAAUACGUUGUCAUAUUAGUUGACAGACACUGUCGCGUAUGAUACUUCAGGGGUGAUUAUGUCAACAUAAUUGAUUCACUAAUACACCCAGCAGACACAGAACAAUACGAGCAGUCCUGUUUUAUGUCUUCCUGAUGAAUCCAUGUCCAGCAGUCAUUUAGUCCUUGAGCUCUGAUUCUAAAAGUCCUCAGGGAAAUAUCUCUGCCUCUUUUGCCGGCAAAUGAUUAAUGCUGAGUUCACCGGUAAGUCGCUUUAACACCCACUUUGCAGCUUUUAUCUUUUUGCUCAGAAAGCCACCUCCUGUCGUUGACAGAAAAAAGCAGUGAUGGCAACACUUAGAGGGAAUCAGAACAGCGACGCUUUAGCUGUGAAAGCAAAACGGUGCUCUUCGAAAUGCUAAAAUUCUCCACAGAGUUUCUUUAAAAAUGAAUAAAAAGGUUCAAAGAUGUGUUAUUUUUGGGACACCGUUUCCUUGAAGCGACAUUAAAGGAGAGCGGAGGAGAGGAGGGAAUGACUGAGUGAGGAGAGGACGAGAUGUUCUAAUUCAGAGGAAAAGUUAAGUUUGCGAACAGGAAACAUGAAUUUCAUCUUAUUUUAUUUCUAAUACUCAACUCUGGAUAAGUUGUUCCAAUUAGACUGACAAGGCCAAGAAACACAACUUCAUCCAUCUCAAGUAAAUUCAGUUUUAACAUGGUUGAAAAGACUUGGUUUCCCUGAAAGCUGCUAAGGUUAAGGAAAUCACUGAGACAUGUAAAUUUAACUGGCUGGCUGGUUGAUAACCUACACAGGUACAAGGAGAAAUGCAGGACUGAAAAUAAACAUAGAGGGAUGUAGAAGUUGUUUACAAGGCUCCAAUACUUAUGACAAACUAAUCCAAGGGUUUUAUUUUUCAUUCCUUAUGCCUAUAUUGGCAUUCUUUCAUCUUGCUUUGUCAGGGAUCUGUUGUCGGAGCUUCAUGGGAACAUGUUUGUGGAGGAGUGCGAGAAGUGUGGCAGGUUAGUAUCAGCACACACACACACACACACACUCAAAGAACACUGUCUCUGAGACAUUUAAAUUUGACAAAAGCAAAAAGUCUUAAAGCUGCAACAUGACGUUGAGUAUUUGGACAUGGGCUCAGUUCCUGUCUUCCUGACAUUAGCUUGCACUGUGUCCAAGCUUUCUCACAUCUGAUGUGGUGAGUUCAGACUGUAGUGGUGUCUUCCAGGAUUCUCCUUCUUUGCAGGGUAACUUUUGUGAAAGUAAAAUUUAUUUAGCCAACUUGUGACCUUUAAUGCCUCAUCAACAAAAGUGUUUGAAGGCAAAAAGCCAGACUUAAAUACACGAAUGUUAACUUUGGUGUGCAGCAGUAAGACAGUGCUGGUUUUCACUUAAGAAUAAUGACAAAAUACACUCUGUGUGAUCACUACACUGCAGGGAAACCCUUAUGGUAUUGCAAGUCCACUGCAGCACUGCUAUGUUAGCUUUGUUGUCAACUCACUACUUGAUUGCGUAUCGAUCCUUCAGUGGCUCAGGGUUGGAUAAGGUUUCCUCACAUACCGAUUGUGAUUUUUUUUUUCAAUCUUGUGUUUAGGUUGCUUUAAUUCUGCUUUGUUAAAGUGUGCUUUUAUUUUGAAGUAUAGGCCACUUCAUGUCGAUCGUUCAAUUGAUUAGCAACCCAGAGAGGUACAAUCUCUUGCUCUCUAUAAAUUUGCCGUCCUCACAUUGUCCACAUUAUUGCUUUUAUUUUAAUUGAAUACAUUUGUUAUCUUUCUCCCUCUCUCCUCACCUUCUUAGGAGCACGCAAAAUACCUCCAUUACUCAGUUGCCACUCGUGUAACACCACCAUGAAAUAAAACAUUUAUUUAAACCUAAUCACACAUCGAAUCCAAAUGACCGACUCACAGAAUCUGUUUAUUUUCUACUGUUGUGACAUUUUCUGCCAGAUAUGUUUUUAAUCUGUCUACUUCAACUGCUCUUUGAUAUAUUAACUCCUAUUUCGAUAAUAAAAAGGUGUCAGUAUUAAGUAGUUACACCUACCUUAUUGAGGGUACAAGCACUUUAUGUGACGAGGCAAAAAACCCCGAUGGUAGGUACAAUUUAAUUUUGCCUCCAGUGGCAGCACAUAUCACAUUUUCUUUAGGCUUCCUGCAGCAUAAUGCACCAUUCCUCAUAGGGCUGAUUAUCUUGGAGUUAUUGCAGGAACAUUGCAGUGACUUCAUUUAAACUCCAGGGCCUUCUCAGCCCCCACAUCUCAUAUAUAACUACUGAGGUCAUGAGAUCUGAACAAAGACAUGAAUACAGGUUUAAAUCAUGUUUCAGCAGCUACUGCGGUCUUUGAUAUCCCUAAAGAUUGCUUACAGCGUCUUGUUGAGACAGUGUUGUAAAGAAAUCAGGCUGUCUGGAGGCAAAAGGAGUCUGGUCUAUUUCUCAUAAAGUGGCCAUUAUGUAAAUAUAAUCUUACAUUUUGUGUAUCACUUCAUAUAUGUAAAAGGACGUUGUUAUGAUGUUUGCUGGCUGCUCACGUUUUCUCAAGAGCUGGCCUCUUUUACAUAUCGACCUGAUGUGUUUGGUUUUUUUUUAGGCAGUAUGUGAGAGAAAAAGUGAUCGGUGUCAUGGGGCUGAAGCCAACAGGACGUUACUGUGAAGUGGUACGAUCCCGAGGACUCAGGGCCUGCAGGUAGCUCAAACCUCCUCCUCCAUCACCACCAAGUUUUGAAAUAAGCCACAAAUUCAGCAUGUUACAUUUCUUACCUUUGUGUACAACUUACUGAAACAGAGGGAAGCUCAUAAGCACCAUACUGGACUGGGAGGACGCUCUUCCUGACAGAGACCUGAACAAAGCAGAUGAUGCCAGCAGGUGAGAAGGAAUAAAUCACGGCGCUUUAUGCUGCCUGUGCUCCCUUUUUUCAUCAAACUAGCAUUAAAGGAUUUGUUGUUAGUUUGAUAUGUGCUAUCACAUCAAAGUAAACAAUAUAUAUCUACAUGACAUGUCUCUUUUAGUCAUUCUGUUCAUUUUUGAGAGGCAGUGUGUCCCUUUUUUUAUUUUGGUGGUACAAAAUGGUCAAGUCCAUGGAAGAAUAAAUGGUAUGAAGCUUAAAAAGUCUGUUUAUAUUAUGAGAAUAACUGCAGGUGAUGUCAAACAAUUGGCUGGGCUUUUCAUAGAUAACCGCUUAAUUGGUUUGUGGGGAAACAGGUGCUGCACUGUGACUCAGUAAUGGUGGAGAAAAGUCACCAGCGACACAGGGGUGACCUUUGCCUGUGACACAUUUGUCCUUUAUCUACACCCAGGCGAGCCGACCUUGCACUGACGCUCGGCACCUCCAUGCAGAUCAAACCCAGCGGAGACCUUCCGCUCCUCACUAAGCGUAAAGGAGGGAAAGUGGUGAUAGUCAAUCUGCAGCCCACCAAACACGUAAGUCUAUAUCAUGCGCACAAACAGCGAAUGCUUAAAAAAAACUGCCCACGGUUCAAAGGCAGAGCUGUGGAGAAGAAUUGCCGCCCUUGCACUUUACCUGGCAUUUCCAGGUUCAUCUUCACGGCUGUAAUUUUCCAUCUUGCAGGACAAGCAUGCAUUCCUACGCAUCAAUGGUUACGUGGACGGGGUCAUGAAGCAGGUGAUGGAGCUGCUGGAAUUGGAAAUUCCAAAGUGGGACGGUCCAACCAUCUGCGAGAGCUCCAAAUUCACCUCUGAGGACACGGCUGAUAUCAAACCUCCUCAUGUAGCAAUUUCUAAGGAAAAGUUGAAAAAAGUCCCAAUCAAGAAGGAGAGGAAGAGAGAGGCAACGACACUAACACAUGGUGACAGUGUUGGAGAGGAUAGCGUUCCAGUAAAGAGGGAAAAAGCUGACUCCCCGGCAGAGUUAGAUGAAGAGAAAUAGCCCCAGGUAUUUUUCAACAACCCUCUAACCCGUCCAACUAUAGACUUUGUGUCUGAGGGUGAUCAUUUGGUCAGAAUGAAGACAGAGAGUCCUCUUAUCUGAUGCCCUCAUGAGCAGAGGCUCCUCUAGUACUGUAAAAGUUUUGUCGAUUGCAGAUCACGUACACAACAUCUGAAUCCUUGACAAAAGGCCCAAAAGUUGACCCUGCUUAAAAAACUCAAUUAGCGUCUUUGUUGUGUCCGAGCCAUGAGCUCAGAGGGGGGUACUAUGAAGAUGGUCCAACACACCUUUCUUUGCAUUAAACAGUCGUAAACAGUGUCUUAAAAGUGGUUCUGCCAGGUUUUCUGCUUAAGGCUUUAUGAGCUUCAUUAGAUGCUCAGCACAACCAACUUGAGUCAGGCCGUGUCGUUAGCAACAAUUAAGUAUCAAAAGUUAAAACUGCCAAAACCAACAACACUGUUGCAAAAAUAGCAGAGGUGAGAUUGUUAGGGAUAAUUGGCCAGUUUAAAAAUAAUACUGAUUUUACCACCUGAGCCUCAUCUGACACUUUCAGCUCUUACACUCCAAAAUUAAUGAACCACGAUGUUAGAAACAGUGAAGACGUGCAAAUGGAUAUUUGACUAUCAUGGAAAAAGUUUGUCUCUUUCUUUGUUGUGCACCUCUGCGGCUCACACAGUUCUAAAUAAAGACUUUAAUGGAGUGUUGAUUGUGAAAGGCACAGCUAAGAUGACUGGUAACAAUACUUUACAUUAACAGGACAAGAGAUGAAAGUUACCAUUUUGACCACAGGGGGUGCCAAACCAAAAAAUAACUAAAAGUUCCUCACAGAAACUUUGAAGGAUUGAUUCACAACUGUGCGCACCAGUUGGAUCCCAGCUAGAUCUGUCCUUAAAAGACACUGGCUUGACUCUUUUGAGAAAGGGGUCAAGUAAGGGCCUCUAGGUGUAAAUCUAGGUUAGAAGUGAUUUUGACACAUCAAGAAAGAUUUCCUUUGGGGUCUUUGUGCCACAUUUUCAACAUCUGUUGCAAAGCUUUUGCUUUUCUGUCCAACAUCUAUGGCCGAUUUUCUUCAAGCAUGAAGGUCUUUGUACUCCAGUUUUCUCUUCUCUCGGUGAGAUGUACAAUUUUAUUCUGCCUGCUGGGAAUAAAUGGAGCACCUGCUGCUGACUGGCUAUAAAAGGACCAUAAUCACUCUGAACGUUUUUAGAAAAUGGCUUUUAUCUCAGGGAAAAAAAACGCACUGUACUCUGGGUGAAAGUGGUCAUUUUAUGUUGUUUUAUUUUUUUUUUAUACAGACAACUGUUUUGGUAAUAAAUACUGUGCGUUGUUACA